AGAACUGUCAACGGUUUGCUUUGCUUCGGCUCAACUUCUCUUCAUAUUUUUUUGGGAUUUUCUCUUCAUCCCAUUUGAUAAACUCCGACGAAGAAGGGAUUUUUCUCACUCACUUUAAUGGCAAUCGAAUCUUUUUGUUUCUCCCAUUCUACUCUACCCAAACCCCCGUUUUUAUCGCAACCCCUGAGCUUCAUUAUUAGAAAUUCUCAACUUUUUCUUUAAAUUUGUUGUUACAGACCUCGAAAAAGAGCAUUUCCAUGGAACCCACUUUUCAGAUGAAGCUGAUUUUUCCAUUUCUUCUUUGGUUGUGCUUUUUUCCACAGUUCUCCUUUGCCACUCGAGUCCAACUCUGUGAUGAGACCGCUGAGUAUGAUAUCACGGUGAAAGGAGUAGAGAUAUCUCCCAGCCCCAUAGUUAGGGGUCAUCCAACAAAUAUGACCUUCAAUCUACUUAUAGGUAAUCCAAUCAUUGCAGGAAAAAUGGUAGUUGAUAUUUCAUAUUUCGGAUGGCACAUAUAUAGUGACAGCCAUGACAUUUGUGUUGAGACGUCCUGCCCUUACUUGUCUGGUGAUUUUGCACUCCCUCCACUGCGAACGCCUCUGGCAUUCUUUUUACCUGGUUCGUAUCAUAUGCAGAUAACCAUUGUUGAUGGAGAUAAUAAUAAACUUACAUGCUUUGGCUUUGAUUAUGAAUUGGUGAUUGCAUCACUAUUUGGAGAUAGCUAAGAGAUUUUAUUUAUUGAUUAUUCAGCUAUUGAUCUUUGUAUAUACGAACCCUUCUAGAGCUUUGCCAUUUAGAUCUUCGUUUGUUCCUUGGGCAGACAACAUCUGCCUUGUGACUAUUUGAAGAACUAAUUCAGGAGAAUGAGUAGUGAAAGUCGAGAAAAAAAAUUGCAUUGUGGGAGCAUUGUACUAAUACUUAUCAUCACGUGUCACACAUUUCUUUGUUGUUUGUAGAUACAGAGUGGAAAGUGAAACAAUUAACUACUCCGAUCCAUUAGAUUAAAAUAAGAUUCACUGUUUCAGGAAA